AUGGCGACAGUUGCCCGCCCUCCACAAGACCGACCGCGGCGUAAAAAGGAAGCGCGGACGGACAUUUGGUCCAACUUGCUGAAACAAACGGCGCAAGCCCAAGCUCGCUCUCGCACGCAGGCCAUCCAACACCGCGAGCUCAUUGUUUGCGGUGGAUCACCCGAUGACCAACGCGAACUCCUCACAUCUCUCGCCCGUCCACCUCCCGCACAAGCUCCGUCAAGAAAUCAGGAUCGAAGACCGCAGAGGAGCAAAGGGGAGCUGCGCUUGAGCAAUCGAUAUGCCUAUGGCUACGGUCAUGUGACGCUCUACUCUCCACCCCCGCAGUCUGGAACGGGUGUCCAGGUGUUGGGCGCCGAAGCGGAGGAAGUCGCGCGGGUGGAGGUGCAUACAUUGCCGGAUGCCGAGGCCGAGUAUGUGGGCACCUUGCGGGCAUUGUUGAAGAGGAUUGAGGCUGCGGGGCGGGAGGUGGAUGGAGAUGGAUUGUUGGAGAAGCCGGGCGAGGGGGAGGCAGACAACGACGACGAGGAGGAGCGGAGACGGCCUGGAGUGUGCAUCUUGCUCAGUUGGAAGAAGCCGUGGGAAUUCCUCCAUCAGAUCCAACGAUGGGUGCAAAUCCUCGCCAAAUCACUAUUACCCGACGGCGCCCUCGUCAUCGAUCCCAUGGAUGUCAUCAAAGACGCCGAACUCGCUGUCACAAUUGUUGUACAACACACCGAAACCCAAGAAGAUCUGUUUCGAGAAUCGUACAAGGAAGAAGAUUUCGACUGGAUCUCGCAGUGUCUGCGAACCGCCAUCAUGCCCCUCCAUCCUUUCAGCUCCCUCGUCUACACAUCCUCGGCAGCGCCGCCCCAACAGCCGGGACAUGCUCUCACAGAACCUCAAAAAGUCAUUUACCACUCCCUGGGUUUGGAUCUUGCCAUCCUCAGCCCCAAAAUCCCCCGUCCCGCCGAUUCCACCUCCAAAAAGGAAGAUCUGGCCCCGAAACAGGAAUUUAUGGAUCGGAUGGCCAUUAUCAUCCCACCUGGCUGGGACAGCUACGCAUACAUUCGCAUCCUAUCCGAAACAUUCUCCCCAGAAGACCUCCUCCGCGACUGGUUGCUAGAUCUACAACCUCCCCCAGAGUCUGUCACAUCACCAAUCACAGAGAUUGAAGUUCCCGAGAAGCCCACACAAUCCGGCGCAGAGGUCUAUGAGUCCGCUGCUCCUGAAGUCGACGACCUUCCCGAGGAGCAUGCACAACACCUCCCUUCUGCCAUCAAGACAUAUGAAUCCCGCAUCAUAGAUCCACAAUCACAUCGCCGACAACACCAAGCCUCCACCGCUGCUGUUGAAGUCACCACCAAACCUGACCAACAGUUCCUCGCCGAGAUGCGUGCUCAUUUACAAGAACUCGAAGCCUCGGACUCCACCCGUGAACGUCCUUCUGGCGUCUCCACCACGAGUCUAAGUAGUGGCAGAAGCAGCACGGGCUUACCCCCCGGUCAGACUACCGGCGCACUGGGAGAAUUGGGAGAAGUCAGCUUCAACGUAGGCGGUGUCAGCUAUGAUUCCGUCAGUGCAGAAAUGGCAAUUGAGAGAUUGAGAAGGCCUCAGCAUGGACGAGAUAGAGAAACUCCGCCGAAGCCGCCCGGGUUGAGGACGAGGGGAGAACAAAAUGCGGGUGGCAGCAGUGGAACACACGCUGGAGCGGGCGCCGAAGGCGGCAAUGUCAAGAGUCCCGAGUUGCCGCCGAUUGAUAAGUUGGAGGAGUAUUUUGCUAGUYUGGUUGCUAAGAGUGGGGGCAGUCGGGAGACUACGCCUAGUCGAACCAAGGAGUAG